AUGGCUGAGUCGGCCUAUAGCAUUGUGCUCAGCAAUGUCAACACACUUGCAAUUCAGGAGACCACACUCCUGUGUGGAGUCACCCUUGAAGUGGAGUCCCUAAAAGAUGAGCUCAAGCGGCUCCAAGGCUUCCUUAGAGAUGCCGACGGCAAGCGGAGGCUCAGAGAUGAAGAUAUUGUUGUCUUGGUCAGCCAGAUCAGAGAUGUGGGGUAUGAGGCUGACAAUGCCAUUGAAGCGGUGGAUCACAUGCAGAAGAGAAACCGGCUCAAGAAGGGAUUCAUGGGCGCCAUUGCAAGGUAUGCUCGCCUACCAAGUGAUUUGACUACCCUUCUCAAUGUUGGUGUUGAAAUUGAACACAUCAAAAGGAAAAUCUCUGAGAUAGUUGAAAGUGCAAAGCGCCUGGAAAUAGUUGAUUUGGGGAAUGUGCCAAUAGAAAAUGUUCAUGUUGAUGAUGAGUUCCAACAAGAUUAUCCUAACUAUCAAAACUAUGAAGAAAUUUUACUUGUUGGCUUUGAGGGUGACUACGAAGAAAUAGUGGAGAAAUUAGUUGACACAGAGAAGAGUCUUAGUGCUAUCUCCAUAGUUGCUAUGGGUGGGGCAGGAAAAACAGCACUUGCUAAGAAAGUCUUCAUGUCAUGUAGAGUCCAAGAACACUUCGGCAAAACUGCUUGGGUUACUGUAUCUCAAAAAUACAAAGGCACUGAUUUACUCAAGGAAAUUAUGAAACAAAUUAUAGGGAGUACAGACGAGUCAAUUGAUAAAUUGAAUGAGUAUGAGGUGGGACAAAAGAUCCAUGAUUUCUUGUUGCAAACAAAAUGCUUAGUGGUUCUUGAUGAUGUGUGGGAAACAGAUACAUGGGAGCAAUUAAACAGAAGCAUUAGAGCCUUUCCAGAUGCAGCCAAUGGUAGUAGAAUACUUUUAACCACACGAAAAGACAUUGCAAAUCAUGUUCAAAUACCAACCCACGUUCAUCCUUUGAAGAAGCUUGAUGAAGAAAAAAGCUGGGAACUUUUGAGUAGCAAAGCCUUACCAUCAUACAAAAGGUCCGUCAUACAUGAUGUGGAUGAGUUUGAGAAACUUGGCAGAAAGCUUGCAAAGAAAUGCGAUGGGUUACCACUUGCACUUGCACUAUUGGGGGGUUACCUAUCAAAACAUUUAAAUGCACGAGAAUGGUCUGAUAUACUCUUGGAUUGGCCAUCGACCAGAAAUGGGCAGAUGGUGCAGAACAUUGUGGGCCGGAGUUACAAGGACCUGCCAAAUCAUUAUUUAAGGUCUUGUUUCCUCUAUAUUGCUUCUUAUCCCAAGGAUUACAUAAUAGAUGUGCCAAGACUUAUAGAAUUAUGGAUAGCAGAAGGCUUCAUUCCUAAGAUACCAAACCAUAAGCUAGAAGAAACAGCGGAAAUGUAUGUAGCCGAGUUGGCCCAGAGAAGCUUGGUAGAAGUUAUUGAAAGAAGCAGGGCACAUGGAUGUAUUGACAUUAUAAAUAUUCAUGAUAUCUUACAUGAUUGGUGUGCAAAAGAAGCAAGGCGAGAUGGUUUUCUUGAUGUGAAGAACGAAACUACGGGCCAAGUUGGCGAGCCAGCAUCAUCAAAUAACUUGGUUUCCUAUCGCUCUAGUUUCCAGAGUUUGAGUAAUGAGAUUUUACCUGGGACAACUAAUAUCCGAACUUUGCUUGGCUUUGAACUUCAAUCAGCAUCCGUUCCUAAACUGAGGCUCCUGAGAGUUCUUAGCAUUGAAAAGUCAACAUUGAAAGAUUUCUGUACAGUGAUCAGUGGCUGCAUUCACCUAAGAUAUCUUAGGUUGGGGAACUGUGGAGGUGUGGUUCUACCUUCCUCAAUAGGCCAGCUCUUAUACUUGCAGACUAUAGAUCUAAGGGACUCAUACUUGGAAUCGCAAGUACCAAAGUCCCUCUGGGAUAUCCCCAGUCUAAGGAAUGUAUACCUUGAUGAUGGGUUUUCACCACCACCACCACCUGCAAAGAGUGUCCGGCUGAAUCACAAAGAGCUCCAGACCUUGUUUUUGGGUAUUUCACAUGUUGGCACUAAAUUGUGCUUUCAUGACAUGGUUAUUUUCCUGGGCCAGAUGAAUCAACUAACAACCUUAUUCUUGAUGAUAUUCCCCAUGCCCACCGAGGCGUUUAGCCUAUUUGCAAACAUGCCUCACCUUGUUGAUAUUACUCUUGGCCAAUUAGGUGUGCUUUAUAAGUUGCCUCAUGAGUUCCCACAAAGUGUACGGCGUCUUGUUCUAUAUGCCGAUGUCAUUAGACAAGACCCAAUGCCGAUCCUAGAGAAGCUUCCAUGUCUUGUGGUGCUAAAAUUAGAGGGGUAUGAAGGCAAAACUAUGUCCUGCUCUGCACAAGGGUUUCCUCAGCUGCAAGAGUUGGAACUUCACAGGUUUUCUGUCGAGGAGUGGAGGACAGAGGAAGGGACAAUGUCUAAACUAUUUAUCCUGACACUUUGGAAGUGCGAGAAGAUGAUCAAGGUUUGCGAGGAAUUGCUAGACCUUUCGUACCUCAGUCACGUGACAUUGGCCAAGGUGCCCUAUUUCUGA